UGCGGGUGGCGGGGCGGCGCCGGGCCACCUUAAGACCGCGCUCGCCAGCCCGCGCGGGGCGGCUCCCGGCGCCGCGGCCAAUGGCUCGCCGCCUCUGUUUAAAUAGACUCGCGGUGUCAAUCAUUUUCUUCUUCGUCAGCCUCCCUUUCCACCGCCAUAUUGGCAAGUAGAAAAGGGGGCUCGCCUUCUAUUAUUUUUUUUCGGGGUGUUUUCUUCCCUCCCCUCGGCCUGCUCCGCUCGCCGCUCCGCGCUCGAGCCGCCCGGUAGGUUUGGGGGAGCCGCGGGCCGCAGCGGCCGGGACCGGCCCCGCCACCCUCCUCUGCGCUCAGCCUUCCCCGCCCUCCCGCCCGCCCGCCCGCUCGCUGCCGCCGCCGCCGCCGCCGCCGCCGCCGCCGCGGACACUUGAUCGCCGGAGCCUCGGGGCUCCCCUCGCCCCCUCCAGGCCCGGAGCGCCGCCCCCCCCCCCGGGACGUUCGCUCGACUGCAGCUCGGCAGGCCAUAGCAGGGCUGCACCCGGAGGGCUUCGCGCGGGGGGUCCCCGGCGUUCUGCUUUUUGUUUUUGUUUUUGUUCGGUUUUGUCUCCCGAGGGCGCGCGCGAGAGGCGGUCGCCCCGACCCGGGGAAGGGAGAUGUCAAACGUGCGUGUGUCGAGCGCGAGCCCGAGCCUGGAGCGCAUGGACCCCCGGCAGGCCGAGUACCCCAAACCCUCCGCCUGCAGGAACCUCUUCGGCCCGGUCAACCACGAAGAACUGACCCGGGACUUGGAGAAGCACUGCCGAGACAUGGAAGAAGCCAGUCAGCGCAAGUGGAAUUUCGACUUUCAGAACCACAGGCCCCUGGAGGGCAAGUACGAGUGGCAAGAGGUGGACAAGGGCAGCUUGCCCGAGUUCUACUACCGACCCCCGCGGCCCCCAAAGGGCGCUUGCAAGGUGCCGGCGCUGGAGAGCCUGGAUGUCAACGGAACCCGCCAGCCCGGACCUUUGAAUGGGUCCCCGGCGAACUCAGAGGACACACACCUAGACCCAAAGACUGAUGCCGCGGACAGCCAGGCGGGACUCGGGGACCAGUGCGCGGGGGCGAGGAAGCGGUCAGCAGCAGAUGAUUCCUCUUCUCAAAACAAAAGAGCCAACAGAACAGAAGAAAAUGUUUCAGACGGUUCCCCGAAUGCUGGUUCAGUGGAGCAGACGCCCAAGAAGCCCGGGCUCAGAAGACGGCAGACGUAAAUGGCUUGACCUAGGAGUAUGUUUCCUUGUUUGGCAGAUCCAUCACUACUUGAUGAAGCAAGGAAGAUAGAAAUGUUUAAAUACAUAUCGAUGACUCCAUGGAGAGGACAUCCUGUAUAAGCACUGAAAAGCAACAACACAAUAACACUAAAAUUAUAGGCAUUCUUAAGUGAUCUGCCUCUAAAAGCAUUGGAUGUAGCAUCAUGCAAUUAGGUUUUCCUUAUUUGCUUCAUUGUACUACCUGUGUAUAUAGUUUUUACGUUCUAUGUAGCAAAUAAACUUUAGGGAACCGGGCAGGGUGGGACUGAGGAAUUGGUAUGGGGGUGGGUAUGAAGAACUUGCUUCAGUUUCCAGCAAGGAAAAAAAUACUGGACUUGCAUGAAGAGAAGCAAUUGGGGGGAUGGGGUGGGUUUGGAAUUGUUUUCUUUAAAGAUGUAAUGUCCCUUUCAGUAAGAACUGAUACUUCAUUUAAAAACCAUCCAAAUUGCAACACCAGCUACAAAAUAAGUGCUACUUAUUUUUACAUGAAACUCUAAUUUGGGAGCUCUGAUGAUUGUUAUGUAGUAGCAGCAAAUGGCUUUUUAAAAAAGAAAAAUGACAAUAAAAACAAAACAAAAAAGCGAAAAAAAAACACUCUUUCUCAGUGUCCUUCCCAAGUCCCCCUUAAAGAUGGGAUUUACCAGUUAAUUAUUCGGUGGUUAAAUAAUCACUCACUACAGGUAAUUCUUGGCAAAAUUCUGCCCUGUUUUGGGACUUCUGAAUGCUCAGAAGUGACCAUCUAAAUUUUUUAAUAAGGUUUGUUGAAGGCAUUUCUUUUUUACUUUGGGAUGUGUAGGCACAGAGUCUAAAUCUUUGCAUAUUUUUAAAAGAUCUAGAAGUAACUAUGUACAAAAUCAUGAAAUGAGUUUUAAUGUAAAGUUUCUCAUUCGGUUUGUUCAUCUGCCCAAAGGAAAGUGGUGUUUUUUAAAGGAAAGUGUGGCUAGAGAAAAAGCACACUCAUGGGACAAGUGAAUGGAUACUACAUCUUUAAACAGUAUUUUUACAUUGCUUGUGUAUGUGUAUGAAACAAAAUUAUUUGAAGUGUACCUGUGUACAUAACUCUGUAAAGACACUGAAAAACUAUACUAACUUAUUUAUGUUAAAAAGAUUUUUUUUUUAAUCUAGACAAUAUACAAGCCAAAGUGGCAUGUUUUGUGCAUUUGUAAAUGCUGUGUUGGGUAGAAUAGUUUUUCCCCCCUUAUGUUAAAUAAUAUGGCUAUGCUUAAAAGUUUGCAUACUGAGCCAAGUAUAAUUUUUUUGUAAUGUGUGAAAAAAAAAUCCAAUUAUUGUUACACACAAGCAAUCAAUAAAGAAAACUUCCAUAGCUACUCA